AUGAUGGUUGUCAACCUCUUCGAGGUUACUUUUAUGGUCUUUGUUCUGGUUCAUAUCGUCACGGCAGUUACUCGUCUCUUCUCACGACGAAAUCGGGAACAGCAGAAGUUUGAAUGGACUGCAAUCAAAACGAUAGGAUGCGUAGCCAAUGGGGCCCUUGUCGUUGUUGGCAUUUUGGCCAGCGCAAGAUUGACACUCAAUCAGGGCCGGGCUCCCAUUGCCAACCCUUGCCUCAUCGGCGUCAUAAUCGCAUCUGUUACUUCGAUCUUCAACAUCUCUUUAAAUCAUCCGUCUUUUUCGCAGGCCAUCUAUGAAUUGUCGUCAUACGUUAUCUGGACGGCUUCCUUGAUUUCGGCUCCUACCUUGGACUGGCUCGCAGUUUCUAUCCCGGCCUUGUACCUUAUUGCCUUGAUCACGACCUUCGGCUGCCCUUGGACACCGGAUUCCUCAAACAACGGCGAUCAUCCCCUAUCGAAAGCUCCCUGGCUUCCUAGAAUCUCACUGUCCUGGGUCGACCCCUUGAUGAAGCUGGCCGCACAUGGAGCACUGUCGAGUGACGGCAUCUGGCCAGUUGACCGCCGUACCUCGGUCCGGUACGCAUUGGAGCGGCCUGGAUUUCAACCAUGCGCUGUCCGUCGAAGCUUGUUGGCUGGACUUGGUCAAAUGCUCUGGCGCAACUUUGGGCUCGAGAUGGCAUUGAGUUGCCUUCUUGCGCUCGUCAACGUCACAACUGCCUUGGCGCAACCGUUUUUCCUCCAAUCCUUACUCGGAAAUGGCGACAUGUUCUCUGUCUGCGGGUUAUUUGCAGCAAGCAUUAUAGCGGGUGCUACUGAUGCUCACAUGAGAUUGCUUCUUCGCAGGGUUGGAGUGCAGAUGAGAUCAGCCCUGACUGCGCUGCUUUCUGAUGGGUGCAUGUCGACUACCCAAGGCGCGGAAUCAAUUGCUGACCCUACAGUCCUGAUUGAAGUUGACUCAGCCAAGAUCUUUGAGCUGGUAGAGCAAUAUCAUUUGCUCUGGAUGGUCCCUCUACAAGCUGCAAUCAGUAUCGCGGCUCUGAUCCUCCUCCUCGGCUGGCAGAGCGUCCUCGCCGGGUUCUUCUCUCCGGUCGUGGCUUUACCUUUGAUUGCUUCUACCACCAAUCGAAUAUCUCGGCAAAUGGCCCUCGUGAUGCAAGCCAAGGACUCUAGAAUUGCCCUCGUCGCCCAGGUCGUCAAGCAAGUCAGACAGGUCAAGCUGGGAGCGUUGCAAAGUCUGUUUCAGCGCAAGAUCGACGAGAAACGGUCCGAGGAGCUCGAGAAAUACAAAGGCAUAGCCUUACUCAAUGCUUGCAUGGUAUUUCUCGUCUACGUCAUGCCGCCAGCAUUGAUAUCCGUCACAUUUGGUACAUCCAUCCUCCUUGGUCAUCGGCUAUCCAGUAAUGUCGUUUUUCCAGCUCUCGCCUUUUGCUUCAACAUUACCAGAGCGGCGUCCUUGCUUCCUCGUUUAGUGAUGAUCUACCAGGGCGGCCAAAUUUCUUUUCGUCGCAUUAAGGAGUUUCUGCUUGCCUCCUACAACAAUAGCGUGGAUCUGGACCAAAAUGAAAUCCAGCACGAGACACUCGCCGAGCUUGGAAUGCGACGGUGCGAGAUUGGAUUCGCGGCAUUCCACGACUCGUCCAAAGUUAUUCUCCAGAACUGCACAAUGCAAGCAACUUCCAACUCUCUCGUCGUCAUAUCAGGACCUGUCGGAUGUGGCAAGACGACUUUGAUUCGUUCCAUCAUUGGAGAAAUCAAGCCUAAUGUUGGCCAUGUCUGGGUCCAUGGGAGAAUCGCGUAUGCGCCGCAGGUUCCAUUUCUGGUCUGUGGAACUGUGCGCGAAAACAUCCUCUUUGGUCUACCCUUUGACGGGCCUUUUUAUUACCAGGUUCUCGAUGCCGUCUCACUCCGAUUGGACUUAGCCAGAUUGUCCGAGGGCGAUGCCACAAUGCUGGGAGGAACCGGUGUUGCUCUAUCCGGUGGACAGAAGAGUAGGAUUGCCCUAGCAAGGACAGUCUACGCCCGGCGUGAGGUUGUGGUCCUUGAUGACCCCCUUGCAGCUGUGGAUGCCAAGGUUCGGGCUCACCUUAUCAGGCGUGUUUUGGGACCCCAGGGCAUUCUCAAAGACUCGCUUCGUAUCGUCACAACGUCUUCCGAAGCUCUGAUGUCUUAUUCUGAUGCACUCUAUGUUAUCAAGGACGGAGAGUUGUCACUGGCUGAGCGACCCCAACGAGUUGACCAUCAUGCUACGGAACUUGACCCAAGCAGAAGGUUGGGCGGGCUUGAGAACGUUGACAAGACUUCGAAACCAUUGUUGGACUAUGGAGCCAUCAAGUCAAAUGCGUCUGUAUCGGUAACAGUCCCCGAGCCCGACAGCGACAUGGAAAACGCACCCCUUCUGCCACCGGCUCCCAAGAUAAGUCAACAAACUGACGUUGGUGGCGCCCCAGUGCGAUUUGAUGCGUACCUGAGAUUCCUCAAGCUUGCCAAGCACGGUGGUUGGAUAGUCGUUCUUGUAACGGCUGGCGCUUCCAAGCUGUUGGAUAUCUUGGCCGUCUUCUUCCUGAAGCUGUCGAGCGAUGAAUUCGAGCGCCAGGAACACUCAUUCAAGCUUGCUUACUACUCAGCCUGCGCUCUUCUCGGCGGUGUUCUCUCAGCCGUCUUCGUUCUCGUCGCCUACUACAUCUGCGUCAUCCCAGCAUCUAUAUCCAUCCACGCCGAGCUUACGCAGGGGAUUCUGGAGGCCAAGUUUGCUUUCUUCGAUAUGGUCAACCUUGGACAGAUUCUUAAUCGCUUUACUAAUGAUAUCAACAAGGUCGACAGCUCGGUGAGUGCUGGCUUCAUCAGCCUGGUGGCUCUCUGCGUUACAGCCUCGGCAUCGAUCCUCGUCAUUGUGGCAGCAACACCAUUGAGCAUACUGUAUCUUGUCCCCAUCGGUGGUGUGUAUUCAGCAGUUCAGUCAUAUUAUCUCCACGCUUGCAGGCAACUCAGGCGCCUUGAAACUCUAGCCCGAGGACCUAUUCUCAAUAUUGCCAAUGAGAUUCGUGUUGGAGCGUCUGUUAUCAAGACAUUCGAUCAGACUGUCUCCUUCAAGGAGCAAGCCAGGGAUGUCAUAGACGAUCAUAUCCGUGUAUGGGUCCCCUUUGUAUCGCUGGAUUCUUGGCUGAUCCUUCGUCUACAACUACUCUCCAGCAUUGUUCAACUGUUGUCUGCCGCUCUGCUUCUGUGGCUUCGCACACCUGCCAGUACCCUGGGCCUUGUCAUGAAUUAUCUGAUUCAGAUCACAUCUCAGUUUAACAGUUUUGUUCAGAUGCGUGCCACUCUUGAAGCAGACAUGACUUCUGCUGAGCGGAUAUGGUCCUAUGCUGCCAACGCGCCCGAGGGUCAGCGUGACAACGAGACAGCUCCAUUGCCAAGCUGGCCUCAAAACCCAUCCAUCACUUUCAAGAGUUACGACGCAUCCUACAAGGCUGGCGAUAGGCCAUGUCUGCAUAGCUUGACCUUUACUAUCGAGGGAGGUGAGCAUGUUGCUGUCGUGGGCCGUACCGGCGCAGGAAAGUCGUCUCUCGUUCUGGCUCUACUUCGCGCGCUAGAGCAUGACCCGAGAAAAGGUGGAAGCAUCACCAUCGACGGAGUUGACAUUGGGCGCGUCAACUUGACGAAUUUGCGCAGACGUAUAACCCUUCUUCCUCAAGAACCUACAACCUUUGAAGGAACCGUCCGGUUUAACCUCGACCCAGAAGGAGCACGAACUGAAGAACAGCUCCGUGAGGCUCUUGAUGCUUGCAAUAUGCGUCAGAUCUUCAACAUCAACCCUCAUCAAGAUCCGCUAGACUAUUAUGUUUCUGACUUGGGGAGAAAUUUGUCUGGUGGGCAGGUUCAAAUACUUGCACUCGCCCGGGCUAUUCUAGCCAAGAACAAAAUCGUGAUCCUAGACGAAGCUACUGCGGCCAUGGACGCUUCAACAAGUGCCACCAUACACAACGUGAUCAAGCAAAGAUUCCGCAAUCACACAGUUAUUACCAUCACCCAUAAUAUUCACUCGGCUCUCGAACAUGACAAGGUUCUGGUAAUGCAUGAUGGUCGGGUGGUCGAUUAUGCAGCCCCCGGAGAGUUGCUUAAGGACAAGACCUCGAUACUUUCAAAACUGGUUGCUGACGCAGAGACGAAGACGUAA